AUGAAGAUCAACAUUGCCAACCCCGCCACUGGGGCCCAAAAGACCAUCGACAUCGAUGACGAGAGAAGAUACCGUAUCUUCUACGACAAGAAGAUGGCGCAGGAGGUCGAGGCUGACUCGAUCGGCGACGAGUGGAAGGGCUACAUCUUCCGCAUCACUGGCGGUAACGACAAGCAAGGGUUCCCUAUGAAGCAGGGCGUCCUCCUUCCGUACCGUGUCCGUCUUCUCCUCUCGGACGGCCACUCGUGCUACCGCCCCCGCCGCACCGGUGAGCGUAAGCGCAAGUCCGUCCGUGGCUGCAUCGUCGGCCCCGACAUCGCUGUUGUCUCCGUCGUCAUCGUCAAGCAGGGCGAGCAGGAGAUUGCCGGCCUCACCGACACCGUCCUCCCCAAGCGUCUCGGCCCCAAGCGCGCCACCAAGAUCAGGCGCUUCUUCAACCUCGACAAGAGUGACGACGUCAGGAAGUAUGUUGUCCGCCGUGAGGUCAAGAGCUCGAAGAAGGAGGAUGCCAAGGUCUACACCAAGGCGCCCAAGAUCCAGCGCCUCGUCACCCCCAGGCGUCUCCAGCGCCGCCGCCACCUCCGUUCCCUCAACCGCCGUCGGAUCGAACAUGUUACGGAGCAGAAGAAGGAGUACGAUGCUCUUCUGCAAAAGCGUGUGGCCGAGAAGAAGGCCAAGGUCGCCGCCAUCAAGGCAUCACACCACAAGUGA